UCUGUGUUGGCGACUUGUCCAGGGUGUACCACGCCUUUCGCCCGAGUGCAGCUGGGAUAGGCUCCAGCGCCCCCACCCCCCGCCCCUGCGAUCUUUCUGUGCAACCUUCUUCUUCGCUAGUGCCAAACGGAACACAGGUGACCUUCAGAGAACAAUUGGCUCCAUAAAUCUGGGCGAGUGUGUCAAGCGACAACAGACGUAAAAGAAGCAGCAACAAGACUUGAGGCACUAGCGGACAGUCAGUGCUUGGACGAUGCAGAAGUGAAAGUGGGCGGUCCCUCUGAGACAAGCAGCGUGAUGGCGGUCAGCAAGGUGCGGCGGAGGAUCGUAUCCAAAGACGGGCACAACCAGGUCCACAUCGACAACGUGGAGGGCAUGGUGAAGCUGUACCUCCACGACAUCUGGACCACGGUGGUGGACAUGAAGUGGCGCUACAAGCUCACUCUGUUCGCCUCCACCUUCGUCAUGACAUGGUUCAUCUUCGGCGUGCUCUUCUACUUCAUCAGCAUGGGCAACGGGGACUUGGAGGCCACGCUGCCCUCCAACCACACGCCGUGUCUGGAGAACGUCAAGACCUUCACCGGCGCCUUCCUUUUCUCGCUGGAAUCGCAGACCACCAUAGGGUACGGCUUCCGCUACAUCACGGAGGACUGCCCGCUGGCCAUCUUCACGCUGGUGGCCCAGCUGGUCAUCACGGGUCUGGCCGAGAUCUUCGUCACCGGAGCCUUCCUGGCCAAGCUGGCCCGGCCCAAGAAGCGGGCGGAGACCAUCAAGUUCAGCCAGUCGGCGGUGGUGUGCCGCCGCCAGGGCCAGCUGUGCCUGAUGGUGAGGGUGGCCAACAUGAGGAAGAGCCUGCUCAUCCAGUGCCAGGUCACAGGGAAGAUCCUGCACUCCAACGUCACCCAGGAGGGCGAGAAGACUCAGGUGCACCAAACCUCGCUGGACUUCUUCAUGGACUCUAGCAGCGAGUGCCCCUUCCUCAUCCUGCCGCUCACCUUCUACCACGUCCUGGACGAGCGCAGCCCGCUGGCGGACUUGACCGCCGACAACCUGCAGAGUCGAGACUUCGAGCUGCUGGUGACCCUCAACGCCACCAUGGAGUCCACCGCCGCCACGUGCCAGAGCCGCACGUCCUACAUCCCCCAGGAGAUUCUGUGGGGCUACGAGUUCAAGCCUGUGCUCUUCAGCACCCCCAGCGGCCGCUACGUGGCCGAUUUCAACUUCUUCGAUAAAGUGCAAGCGAGCGGCGACGCCACCUUCCUCAAUAACGCCGAGAAGCUAAAACUGGAGGAGGACUACAAGAAAUAGGGACUGAAUCGCAAAAUGCUACUCCAGUUGAGGUCUAAAGGCUGGAAUGUACUCUCGCAUCACGUAGCUUGUGUGCCUUCUGGUUCCUUUAUAGCUCUUCUGCCGGAGCUGGCGUGGGACUUGCAAUUCUCUUGUAGACUCGCUUCCUCAAAGAGAGCUUCCUGUGUGUAGUCCUGGUUGUAGUAAACAAUGGCGUCUGAAGCGACAUCCAUUGGAGCUGGAACCUAUUGAAACGACGGUCACUUUUAAUUUAUACAUUACUUCGAAACCGGAAGAGAAGAUGUUUGCCAAGGUGAGCUGUGCAACCCCUGAACGAGUCGGGGUAAUCUUUGUAGUUUGGCGAAGAAGUCUCGUAUAAAUGCUAAUAUUUGCGAAUUUCCUCAAUUAAAAGCCCUUCGAUUUGCUCUAUUGUUUCUAUAAAGGAGCUUGUAGGUUUUUUUUUGCUUUCGCCGGACAGGAAACCCCAGAAAUGUAUGUUGUAAACAAGCUGACUCACUAUUCACAGGAUCGGCGGGAGGGUACGCACGGGGAGGAGCAAGACGGCAUCGCUUACGCAAGUUACGUGAUGCGAGAGUAUGUACUAGGCCAGGGGUCGGCAACCCGCAGCUCCGGAGCCGCAUGCAGCUCUUUGACCACUCUGAUGCGGCUCAGCUGCAUACUUGCCGACCCUCCCGGUUUUCCCAGUGUACUUAACGACCCCCCCGAUUUUUCCCAGGAGACUGCCUCUCUUAGAAAUCUCCCAGGGCAAAUAUUAUCCUAUUUUUACUCUAAUUACUUAUGGCACUGCAUUAAUUGUUCUCUAUAGCAUUUACAAACAGCGUGCCAGCUGGCCACAUGUUAUAUGUUGCUUUUACUUGCACACGGAGGA